CCCGGGGGUGCCCGGCAGGCCGCCCGGCCGCCCAAACUAGUCCCGCGGACCGGGCGUCCCGGCGCGGGUCAUGGACCCGGGACAAGCCAGCCGCCGCGAGGUCCCCGGGGUCGCCUCGCCCGCGCCGCCGCCGUUCGUGCGCGUCGCCCCCUCGCUGUUCCUCGGGACUGCGCGCGCCGCGGCCGCGCCGGAGCGGCUGGCGCGCGCGGGAGUCACCCUGUGCGUCAACGUCUCGCGCCAGCAGCCCGGCCCGUGCGCGCCCGGCGUGGCCGAGCUGCGCGUGCCCGUGUUCGACGACCCGGCCGAGGACCUGCUGGCGCACCUGGAGCCCACCUGCGCCGCCAUGGAGGCUGCGGUGCGCGCCGGCGGCGCCUGCCUGGUCUACUGCAAGAACGGCCGCAGCCGCUCGGCCGCCGUCUGCACCGCCUACCUCAUGCGGCACCGCGGCCUCAGCCUGGCGCGGGCCUUCCAGGCCGUGAAGAGCGCGCGCCCGGUGGCUGAGCCCAACCCGGGUUUCUGGUCUCAGCUGCAGAAGUACGAGGAGGCCCUGCAGUCCCUGCCCCGCCUGUCCGGGGAGCCCUCGGGACCGUGCUCCGGAACUAGAGGAGAUGAGCUCCAGAAUGAGCCCUAGUCCUCCAACCCUUGGAGAGCACCCAGCCCCCAGUGCAGGGUGCAUGGAGCUGGAGGUAGUUGAAGCGCUGACUGGAGGGGGUCUUUCUCCUCCUUCCUUACUGUCGCACACAGUUUUCAAUUUCCGAUUCUUCCUGAAAGGAUGCGCGUUUCUGUCCCGUUUGACAGUUCGGCGGGAGUGUGUUCACUGAAGAGGGGACUGGAAGCGUUCCUUCCUUGGUCAGCAGCUUUACCAGACAGGGCUUGGUCAGGAAAAUCCAAACCACGUGAGGAGUUUUAGGCAGAAAGGUCUUUAAUACAGAGGGCAAGGCCAGGGAGCCAAGAUCAGGAGAUGGGAAGGUAUGGGAGUCAUGGAGAUCCCCCGACCCCAGUCGUGGCCGCCUGCCACUCUGAUGUGGCUACUGCUGGAGGACACCAACACUGCCGGCAAAGCCUCGUGCCUGCCACUGUUGGAGCCCACAGGGCUUUUCCCAGACGCCACACUGGUCCCCUCUCAGAACCUGGUGCAGAAUCCAGACCUGUAACUGCUGCAACACAGGCCAGGCUGUGAGGCUGCCUGACCACAGCCUAGCGCCUGCGCCCACCUCCGACCUUACUGACCUCCCAGUUUCCACAACAGCACUGAGCCCCGGCCUCACAUCCCACAGCCACCCUCGUGUCGAAGACGCAUUCACCACCUGUGCGUCUGAGCGUGUCGACUCCUCUUUUGGUUCAGGCACACCUCACCUGGAUCCUAUGGUCUAAAGACUAUACCAGAAAAUUAAUCACCAUCAACACCUCUGAAAUAAGAUAGCAGGAGGGAAAAAAGGGGGGAAACUGGGGUACAAUAUAAAUUACAGAUAAUACAGCCCCCGGUUAAUACAUGCUGCCAAAUACGUAUCAACGUAAUUAAUAAAAUA